AUGAGUUUUUUCCAGGUAACCGAAUGUGAAAUCUUCUUAUCACUGCUAGUUAAAUUUUUGGAAUCCGACAAAUUAGGGUGGCAACGUGCAAUCGCUCUGGAAGUCCUCUACAGGAUUGUAGUUUUACCGGAUCUUCUCAUACGAUUCUGUGAGAAUUAUGAUGGGAGACCAGGUGCCACAAAGAUUGUGCAGUCAAUAAUGUCUGGCUUUGCCACUUAUGUGCAGCUAUCGUUCAUGCGCUGUGCUGCAUCUGAUUCACCAAGUAAAGACGAGGAACAGCAUUUUGAUACGACUAGUCAAACAAUGGCACAAGCAGGCUUCUUGUAUCGCGGUGUAUGGAUGCCACUCUAUCAAAAUAUCGUACCCAGAAAAUCGUUAUUGCUCGAUUCAUUGGAAAAACACGAAGCCGCUGAUUUGUCGGAUGGUUAUUCGCUCUCGCUCACAUAUCAUUGCAUAAUUGCGUGCUGCCAUUCAAUCUUCGAAGCUAUCGAAUCGCUACGAGCGAGGAAAGAAAAAGAAGGUUCGGACAGAAUGGGCAGUCUGAAUAUUUUAGCGAUGCAACAUAACGAACAGCUGUUGCAAUGUUUCACGACGCUCAUCACACUCUCAUGCCGUAUCUCGCAUUUUUCUGGUCGUGACGCUCUCUAUUUUGCGCUUUGCAAAGCCUCAUUGCCUCCAAAAUAUCUGGUACGAGUGGUGGGUGUCACUGAUACUGUGGGACUUUCUGCUGCUGGUGCUGCCGGCGCUGUACCGGAAACAGCCCCUUCUCUGGAGCAUUUUCAAAUCGGCAAGGAUUGUUCUGGCGGUUCGUUUUUCAUGACUGUACUGAAUUCUUGCCUAAGAGUUUUUAGCGCUUUUGUUGGGAUUUAUAAAAUUGAAAAUGAGAUUGAAAUGCAUUUCUCGUCCGACUCAUUUGCAGGCCAUAAGACUGGACUGGACAAAUUCGAGAGUGAAUCAGCAGCCGGUCAACCGAGUCAGAUUGUGGCUGUCGGGAUUGCAUGCCCCACUCCUUCACUUCCAUCAAAUUUUUACAAUGCAGCAGUAGUGGUAUGUCAUCUAACUGCAAAGAACAUUCAAGUGGCGCGUGUGUUGGUGAGCUCCGCUCAAGCGAACGGUCAGUACUUGGGUGAUUGCUGGCAUCUUAUUCUCGCUUCGCUGCAACAUUUAGUGUGGAUUUUGAGAAUGACGCCCAGCUUACAAGGAGGAUUUCGUUCCGACGGUGAUGCGAAUGAUGGAAGUUCACUGAUGACUGGCUCACCGUCCAAUAGUAGUGUACUAACAACGGCUGCAAUGGCCGAUGUUCCUGUUAUGGUAUGUUCCGCCUAGUG